AUGAAGCAACAUCUUGCAGGAAAGUCUGGUGAGCUUGGGCCGUGUAAAAAAGUUCCAGGUGAUGUUAGGUAUCGAAUGGAAGAGGCUUUGAAAGCAAUUACUGAGAAAAAAAAGCAAAGUGAGGAAUCUAAUUCCUUUGGUCGGGCUAUUUUCGAAUUUGAGUAUAAUGUUGAAAUUGAAGAAAUAAUUCCACAAAGAUAUAAAGUUCCUACUUACCAUGAAGUUCGAGUUCCUUUAUUGAAUGACUCAAAGAUAGAGCUUCAAUUGUUUAUUGACUCUAUAAAAAGUACUUGGGUUGAUACUGGAUGUACAAUUAUAGGUGAUGGUUGGACUGAUGGUAGACAUAGAACCCUCAUUCAUUUUCUUGUCUAUUGCCCUAAAGGAAUCACUUUUGUUAAAUCUGUUGAUGCCUCUGAUGUUGUAAAUGAUGCUCCUCUUCUUUUUAAAUUGUUUGAAGAAAUUAUUGAGUGGGUAGGAGUGGGCAAUAUUGUGCACAUGGUGACAGAUAAUGGGGCCAAUUAUGUUGCUGCUGGAAGACUUGUUAGUCAAACUUAUAAGAAUAUUAAUUGGUCUCCUUGUGCAGCACAUUGUUUAAACUCAGUGUUAAGUGAUAUUUCCAAGUUGCAACAUGUGAAAGAGCUUGCUUGUAGAACAUCAAGUGUAACAAGAUUUAUUUACAGUCGCCCAUGGUUGAUAGCUUGGUUGAGAAAAAAGAAGGGAUGGAUUGAAAUUGUGCACCCAGGAGUAACUCGUUUUGCCAGUACUUUCAUUGCAUUGCAUAGUAUUCAAAAACAUAUGCAUGAUUUGAAAGCCUUAGUGACAAGUAAGGAUUUUGUGGAUUCAAGGCAUGCAAAAGAUAAAAAAAAAGUAAAAGAAGUUGUCGAUAUCAUUUUAGACAAUAAGUUUUCAAAUGAUUGCUUGAUCAUUGUUAAGAUUGUUGAGCCACACAUGCGAUUGUUGCGUAUUAUUGAUGGAGAUAAAAAGCCUUCAAUGGGAUAUGUAUAUGAGGGCAUGUAUAGGGCAAGAAUAGUAAUUAAGAAUGUUUUCAUGAAGAAGAAAAGAUUGUACAAGCCUUAUACAAGUAUUGUCAAAGAGAGUUGA